CCCCAAAGGAUGAGACAGAGAAUAAGAAGGAGAAGAAAAAGAAGGAGGAAGAGAAGUAUAAGGAGGAGGGCACCAGCAUGGACAUGGAGGAGCCUAAAAAAUGUAGAUCUUGACUCCGGCACCUGCCCUUACCUACAGCACAGAGAAAGGGAGAGACGGAGGCAACAGCAGAGCAGCACCCUGGUCCAGCCUCACCUUCCCAUGGGAUUUUCCACCUUCCUUCCUUCCUAACACAGAGCCCAGCUUUGAUUGUUGUUCUCUGAGAACGUUCACCCAACUCUGUGGAGAUAAAAGCAGAGAAUUAAGCUCAACUCACCUGGUUGUGCAUGAAUGGAUGCAAGGAGAAGUCAAGAUUCCCAUCUGGUUUUCCCAUUUUUCUAAAAGAAAUGGGAGGAAGGGUCUGAGAGAACCUGGGAGUUCCGGGGUCUUUAACUGCGGGAGAGACAGACAGGUUUGGUUUGUGAACGAGGGAAUGUGUCAGAGCAAGAGAGAAAGAGAGAGAGAAAGAGACUUAAUAUAUAAAGAACAUGCAAGAGCUUAAGUGGUUGUACAUAGAUGAAGAGUAGAUAUAGGCUAGGUAGUCCAUCUGGCUGGCUGGGUUUGACAUUGAACGUGAACAAUACAAUAAGGAGAAUAGUCUAUCAGCUGCAACAGGAGUCAUAGAUUGAUAUCUUACAGUGUGUUUUCACUUUCAGACGGUUUCUUAGUGUUUGACAGAGUCUAGUUGUCACUGUGUGUGCUCAGGUUUGCCUAGUCCCAUCCAUUGUGGGGAGCCCUGCGGUGUCAGAGGAACGUUUUGUUGUAUUCAGAGCACAUGGUCGGCCAGUUCACAUGAUUGGCAGGGCUAAACAGGAAGAGUUGUUUCAGUAAGUGGGAGUGAGGUGUACACAGAAGCAUGCUUUGAACCUAAAUUGGACUUUGAUUAACUCAAACUGGACUGGUUACUGUGUAUACAGAAGUACACCUUGAACCUAAAUUGGACUUUGAUUAACUCAAACUGGACUGGUUACUGUGUAUACAGAAGUACACCUUGAACCUAAAUUGGACUUUGAUUAACUCAAACUGGACUGGUUACUGUGUACACAGAAGUACACCUUGAACCUAAAUUGGACUUUGAUUAACUCAAACUGGACUGGUUACUGUGUAUACAGAAGUACACCUUGAACCUAAAUUGGACUUUGAUUAACUCAAACUGGACUGGUUACUGUGUAUACAGAAGUACACCUUGAACCUAAAUUGGACUUUGAUUAACUCAAACUGGACUGGUUACUGUGUAUACAGAAGUACACCUUGAACCUAAAUUGGACUUUGAUUAACUCAAACUGGACUGGUUACUGUGGACCUUCCGUGAGGAGGACAUGUUCUAUCACUGCCAUCUUUGACCUUUGUCCUCUGAAACCAGAAAGUAAAUAAAACACAGCCAGGGAAGGAGGACUUCUCAACCACCACACCCCAAACCUGAAUCCAACCCAAAAAAGUCUUGACCCUUGGUUAGCACAUUCCGCUGGUUUCCAUAUUAACCCGGUCACCCCUGUGACCACUCAGCAUUAUCACGGUGGUAGCCAAUAGACAUGCAGAACCUGAGCGGUAAACUGUCCUCUGCCCAGGUCCAUGUCUCUAGCUGGGUGGGCAGCGUGCGUCGUUCCCUGCAGGAGGCACUGAACUUAGUCUGGAAAAAUGAUGAUGAAGAGGAUGAGGUGGUGAAAGAAGAACAAGAGAAGGAGAAGGUAGAGGAGGAGGAGGGAGAAGGUGGGGACGGGAGGUUCCACAGGGCCGUGUCUCCAAUGCGUAGCUUUGCCUCCCAGAGCCGGCGAUCCCUGAGGUUGUUCUCGGUCCGGAGUCGCCAGCGGAUCAAGCUAAGUAGACGGGCAGCAGACACCAGCGCUGUUCAGUUGACGUGUUAUGUGGGGGCAGGAGAGGGACGUGACACAGAGUCUCUGAUUGGUGGAGAGCCAGACAAGCAGUACGGGGGCUGUGACACAAGACUGUCUGAGGAUGACUGUCGGCAGACAACAGAGGACCAGAUCUCACCUGUCAUCACACCAGUUGAGCCUAACAGUACGUCUCCACUAGAAGAAACAGAGGACCAGAUCUCGCCUGUCAUCACACCAGAUGAGCCUAACAGUACAUCUCCACUAGAAGAGACAGAGGACCAGAUCUCGCCUGUCAUCACACCAUAUGAGCCUGACAAUACAUAUCCACUAGAAGAGACAGAGGACCAGAUCUCACCUGUCAUCACAACAGAUGAGCCUGACAGUACGUCUCCACUAGAAGAAACAGAGGACCCAUUACCCUUUCCUGAUAUCUCCGCCCCUCUAUUGGACACCAGUGUUCUGCGUGCGAGGGCAGAGCUGAGGAAGAGUCGACGAACCCGCCCCACUCGAGCUUUCCGUCAGAGCUCUACCACAAUAAUGCUUGAGGAAGACCCGGUCCACGACUGGAGGUUCUAUGACUCCUCAGAUAAGCUAGACUCUCUGAUACGGGGGGAUUGUGCGUCUGGUGAGGAGCAGCCCAGAGGGAGGGAGGUUUGUUCACAACCAUCCCAGCCCCAGAGAAUAGCCCUCUUCUCUGGAAUGGACCCGUCUGCCCUCAAGGCCCAACUGAAGAAGCGAGGAGGUGGUGGUGGAGGAGGAGGUGGUGGAGCCGGUGGAGGUGAAGGAGUAGACACAGACUGUCAGACAGACAGACUUUCCCCUUCCCCCUCUCAGCUCUCCCGCUCUCCAAGACGGUCCUCCUUCCUCCCCGGGAUGUCACGAGUGCUUCCCCCUGUAGGGAACAAAGGUGCAGGGGGGGACAAGUCUCCUUCAUGGCUGCGGGAACUCAAGUCUAAGAAGCGCUCGAGUCAAUACAACAGUGAGGCCUAACUGAGCAGAGUAGGGAGAUACCAUUGACAAGGAGAUCAUUCAACUGCUUCUGCAGUUAUUGCUGACAAACACAGCUGUGGGCUGGACUCCAAUCAUGUACCUUUUCAAAAACACACUUUUUUAAUGAAUUAACUAUGCAAGACAAUGGAGAAGCAUUGGAUACUUCCCUGCGUUGUGACCAUCUUUUUCCACUUUCCUAUUUGACAAAGGAACUAUGAGCAUGUAGAUACUUUAUUUGCACACACACACACACACACACACACACACACACACACACACACACACACACACACACACACACACACACACACACACACACACACACACACACACACACACACACACACACACACAGACACAUACACAGAUGAUUCGAGGAGUGGACUCAAAAUGCCCUUUUCUGUUAAUUUGCAACAUUUGCCUCUUAUCCCAGGCCACUGUAUUUUCUAGACUGUAUCUCUCCAUCCAUCCAUACUUGCAUUCCAGAUUCACUUGACAUAAUUACCAUGUGUGUUUAGGUCAUGCACACAAAUAUCCACAAUACCACGAUGUUCACAAACUACUUGAAUUGUACAUGUUUUGCCACCUAGCCAUGAACUCUCUUUCUUUCUCGAUGAAUCUCUUGUUUUGAACUAACCCAUCUGUUUCUCUGCUCUUAUGUUAUGCACUCACUCGCUGCUCGGAUGAGCUGCUCUUGAUAAAAGCAUCUGCUAGAUAAAUUGAAAUGAUCUCUACUCUAUCCAAACAGGAAAAGGAGUAUCUCUGUCUGGAGGUUUUUGAAUAACUUCCUUAAAACCUUUACUGAAUGUCUCAAGACUUUAAAAAAUUAUUUUCCAAUAGUUUCGUUCUUAAUAGAACCAUAAUUGUUUUGGUUCCGUUCCACUGUUCUGACCAGCAAAAUAAAGUUCUGAACCGGUUCAAACCCCCAAAAGUA